AUGCCUUUGAUUGAGAUAACAAAUGCACAUUUACUGAGGGCACCUUUGCCAUAUUAUUAUCAUGUCAAACACUCUCAAUUUUCCGCCUCCCAUUGGAAUGUAUUCCGAAAACGCAACUUCAAUGUUCCACGCCCUAGGUUACCGUUCCUCAUCCAAGCCGUCGCCGCCACCAUUGUUCAACCUAUAUCUAACGACACCAUUGUUGAACCUAAAUCUAAGGACAUCGAAACUGCCGCCAUCAUUGUUGAACCUAAAUCUAACGAGACCGAAAUUGGCGGUCACAAUCACCAACCUGACCCUGGGAUUAUGCUUGAUGAAGAACCAGUUAUUAAAGAGAGUGAGAGGUUGAGAAGAUUGAGGAUUUCUAAAUCUAAUAAAGGAAAAGCUCCGUGGAACAAAGGAAGAAAGCAUCCUCCCGAAACAUUGCGGAAGAUCAAGGAAAGAACACUCAUUGCAAUGCAGAAUCCAAAGGUCAAAAUGAAGUUAGUGAAUCUUGGACGUACACAGAGUGCAGAUUCAAGACACAGGAUAUCUCUUGGAGUCAGAAAGCUAUGGGAUAAGAGGCGUAGAAUGAAGAUCCUACAAGACACUUGCUGCUCCCAGUGGCAAAAUUUAAUUGCCCAAGCAUCUAGGCAAGGCUUUCUUGGUCAGGAAGAGCUGCAAUGGAAUUCCUAUGAAACACUGGAUGCUCAGCUUAAACAGGAGUCGUUGAGGAAUGCUGAACUAAGGAAACUAAUGACAAGGGAAUCAUCCAGCAAAAGAGGACCCAAGUCCCCUGAGCAGAGAAAAAAAAUUGCAGCAUCCAUUACUGCAAAAUGGGCCAAUCCCGAUUACCGUGAAAAAGUUCUUUCUGCAAUGGCCAAGCGUCAUCUUUCUACUGGAAAGAUUUCUACCCAAAAGAAACCUAGACCAAGGCCAUAUAGUGCACAAACCCCCAAGACGAAGAGACCCAUUACAAAAAAAGAUUCUGAUAAUAGCACUCUUGUAAAGAGUUCCUCCAAAAUUGUUAAGCCGAUCAAGUUGAGAAAAAUUAAAUCCCCUGCCUAUAAGGAUCCUUUGGUGAAUUCCAAGCUUGAGAUGAUAAAGAACAUUAGAGCGCAGAGGGUUUCUGUGGAUACCAGACAAACUCAGGCCAUUCAACAAGCAAGACUAUUGAUUGCUGAAGCUGAGAAAGCUGCCAAGGCACUUGAGGUUGCUGCGGCAACGAGUCCUAUUGCUCGGUCUUCUCUAAUAGAAACAAGAAAGCUUAUAGCUGAAGCUAUUCAAUCACUUGAAUCUAUUGAUACACAAAAGACUAUUCAAUCACUUGAAUCUAUUGAUACACAAAAGACAGACGACUGUAAUGUCCCUUCGGAGGUCAAUAAGGAAAACGAAUCAACAUUUGAAGUUGGAAACCAUUCACAAAUGACUCGUGUAGUAAAUAGACACACAACAUUAUCAUCAAGCGUCUACAAGUUGUCUGAAGAUUUUGGUUAUCUUUCUCUGGGGAUGCCAGUUAAUAAUGGUGAUCCAGAACUUCACCUAACCAAUGGCUGUGCCUUUUUACCUUUCAGUUUGAAUAGCCAGAUAAACCAAUAUAGGUCAUCCAAUCAGGAAAAGGAAACAGAACAGUAUGAGAGCAGCGAAAACGAAUCUCAAGCCGAAGAUGAAACACUAUCAAGAUCUGAAUCUCCAACUGAAGAUGAAACACAAUCAAGAUCAAGAUCAUCUAUAGUAACAAAAAAGUGGGUUCGUGGAAGGCUUGUUGAAGUGAGUGAAGAGCAACAGUAA